AUGAUACAGAUGAUACGGUCAGAAACUCUACAGUGUAGUGGGACACCACACAUGCUCGAAUUCAACCCAACAAGCGAGAUUGACCGGCUUGAUUCACCCCGAACGAUCAACACACAUCUUACUUACCAAUUAAUCCCAGAAAUGGCCAAACAGGGCAAAGUGAAGUGGACAUACGGGACAGGAUGGAGUGGACACAGAGAAGUGUCCACCAGAUGGGGCCCGUGGUCAGGACAAACAUUUGAACUCCUCGGAUUCGUAAAUAGCCACACCCAUUUUAACAACGAUAAAGGGGAAGUGAGCUAUGACGUAUUUGGGUUCAAAGGUCACACGGGAACCUCCUGUUUCUGUCGAAGUGUGUCCCGACCCUUAUACCGGCGGGGAAGGGACAUUGUGGAUUGGGUUAAGAUGACUAAAGUGACUUGUGUUACGGGAAAUGUGAUGGACUAUGAUAUAGGGAAAACGGAAGUAAAGAAAAUAAAUGGGAAAGAGGAGGAUGAAAUAGAAAACGAUGAGGAAGUCGAAGAUGAAGACAUUCACGAUCCAGAAAGCUGACAGGAUUGAAAUAAUGAGUGUAUUACGCUAAACGGUAUACAUAUCACACGAGGUUAUGCUUCAGUGAUGUAAUCCUUUGUUCAUAAUACGAUUGACACGUGUUUUAACGACUACCUGUACAGUUGUACACGUUCAAAGUGUUUAAGUAGUUUGACAACAGGAUAUAUGUCUCAAAGGACACGGUAACAGCCUAAACCUACUGAAGAUAUUUUACAUCAAUACACUUCCACUUAAACCGUCUGAAGAUAGGAAGCCUUGAAGAUGAAGAAUAUGGCAUGUAGAGCCAUUGACAACUAAGUUAGAUCAGCUAUGAACUGGUACAAAGAAAAUGUAGAACCAAUAACCAAAACUGUUUUAAAUGUUGAUGCUUGAAAUCAUAGUAACGAAACAGAUCAAACGCCUGGUUGUUCAGGAGCCUUUACAUCUUGAAGGCAAUAUUAAAAUUUGAACUUAGGGAGAUAGAAGAGUAACUGUAUCGUGAAUUCAAAUCGGAAAUACAAAAAAAUCCAAACCCUUCACAUCAGCAAAGUACGUAAAUAUGUACUAUGUGGGAAAUUCGAACAUCUGGAAAAAGAAAAGAAACUGUCAUAAAUUCCAACUGGAAAAAAACAAAAACAUUUAUAAUCGUCUACGUACGUAACCUGUGUACUCGUUAGAAAAAUCGGACAUCUAGAGAAAGCUACUUUCUUAAAAACUUGGAAAGCAAGGACCGAACAUUUAACAUCGACUUUGAACAUAACGUGUGAACUUGAUAGAAGAACUCGAUUGUCUAAAGAAAGAAUAUGUAUGUAUUACCAAUUGAAAAUG